ACGAAGACCAUACGUUUCUCGCGUUGAGAGAAAUAAUAGAGGGUGAGAGCGCUUAAACCGGCUCACGGGUCUAAUAGCUAUCGCUUUCUGGUUUGAAGGAUUCAUCGAAACGAUUGGAGUUCGAUUUAGGGUUCUCGUCUAGAUUCGUCACUCACUGGAGCGUUGUGAAGCGAUGGAGUAUGCGAUGGUGAUCAAGGUGAAAUAUGGAGAUACAUUGAGGCGUUUCAGUGUUCCUGUUAAUGAGAAGAAACAACUUGAUCUUGAUAUGGGCAGAUUGAAGGGAAAGAUCCUAAGUCUCUUUAAUUUCCCCCUUGAUGCUGAUCUGAUCCUGACUUACAUAGAUGAAGAUGGUGAUGUGGUAACACUUGCUGAUGACAAUGAUCUGUGUGAUGUGAUGAGCCAGAGACUGAAAUUCUUGAGGAUUGAUGUGCAGCUGAAUGAUGAAAAAUCUGGUAAUUCGAGUGCUUCUAGUGGUUCUGCAACCCUUGUGGGAUCUCCACAAAUCCAGAAGCCAUUACCAAACAUUAGUGUUGGUAAUGAGGUCUUGAAAUUGAUCCCGAACCCACUAUAUGAGACACUUUCAAAGCUCUCUCUUGACUUGGCUUCGAAAGCUACAUCUUCUAGCCCAGUUCUCGCUGAGCUUCUUGAGUGUUUUUCAAAGAUGAGUCAUGGUCACCUUAAUCCAGUUUCUCAAUCAGGUCCAGAUACAAGCACAGAAGGAGGUAGUUCUGCAGGUUUAAAGGCACCACUGGUGUCAAAUGAUGCAAAUGCCUCUAAGGAUUAUGGUUCACAAGAGGAGUUGAGAAAGUCUAACUUGGCGACUGAACAAAUCAAGAAGGUGAAAAUUGAAAAUGUGGCUCGAGGUGUGGGUGUACCAAAUUUAUCUGAAGCCACACCUGUUAAUUUGAAUGUCAAUCCUCCUAUUAAUGCCCCUGCUAAUGAUGAUACUGGGGUCCAUAAGGAGAUUGAUGGUCAUCUCAGUGGAGAAUCUGUUGAUUUUGGUUUGUCAGAUAUGGCAGGAUCUACGAGGCCCGCUAGUGUGGUUAGGGGUCAAAACUCUGAGUUUAUUGGUAAUAUCACCAAUGGAUGUCCAUUUAGUGGAAUGACGAAAAAUAAUCAUGCAGCUGUUCCUCCUCGUGUACAUCCUCGAGUUUCUCCUUUUAAGAGGAGCAAUAAUCGUUAUGAUGCUGCUGUUGGUAUGUUUCAUAAGGGUGUCCGUUGUGAUGGUUGUGGGGUUCAUCCAAUUACUGGGCCUCGAUUCAAAUCUAACUUAAAAGAAGAUUAUGACCUCUGCAGCAUCUGUUUCUCAGAGAUGGGCAAUGUUUCCGAUUACAUAAGGAUUGACCGGCCUCAGUCUUAUCGGCAUCCUCAGGCUGUCCAGGGUUUACAUGAUUUCCAUCAUAGGGUUUCACCCCAUAAAGUUCGGCAGUUCUUAAGAAGUGUUUCGGUGAAGUCGGCUCGGCCUAAGCUAGACAGCUGUUUUGUUUCGGAUGUGAAUGUGUUGGAUGGAACUGUGAUGGCCCCUUCUACCUCAUUCACAAAGAUUUGGCGGAUGCGCAACUGCGGUGACUCAGUGUGGCCACAGGGAUCGCAACUUGUGUGGAUUGGAGGAGAUAGACUCAGUAUGGCUAUUUCUGUCAAUGUAGAGAUUCCUGCCGAUGGCGUGCCUAUAGAUGGGGAACUUGACAUUGCAGUUGACUUUAUUUCACCUCCAUUACCCGGUCGAUAUAUCUCAUACUGGAGAAUGGCAACCCCAUCUGGUGUAAAAUUUGGGCAACGAGUUUGGGUUCUCAUCCAGGUUGAUGCGGCGCUGAAGGAUGCAUUUUGUGAAAGAUUUCAAGACUUAAACUUGAAUGUUACCCUGCAGGAUGAAGUUGAUGGAUAUCAAGGCUUAAACUUGAAUUAUCCUCCUGUUGGAGGUUGCUCAAAAUUCCCUGAAAUGUUAGAUAUGAAUGUUCUUCCUGUUGGGGAUGAUGUCUCUUCUCUUCCUAGUGGUAGUGCCGUCCUGGAACCAGCCAAGCCAGUGGCCGUUGAACAGCCUAAAGAGGAAAAUGCGGAGUCCAAUUUCCCAAUAAAUGAUGCCUUACUUGUUGGAAGUGGUGCAUCUGCCCCCCCUGCUCCUCUACAGGUCCCUUCUGAAGUAAACUCUCAUGUGUCAAGUGGUGCAUCUGCCCCCCGUGCUCCUCUACAGGUCCCUUCUGAAGUAAACUCUCGUGUGUCAUACCCAAUUAUUGAUCUCUCUGAAACCACUGCAGCUGGGAUUUCCUAUCCAACUCCCUCUUUCUCGGAGGCACCGAUUUCAUCUGAAGGGGCCAAAGAAAUUGACGAGGUUGAGAAGUCGCUCCUCAAGGAACUUGAGAUGAUGGGUUUCAAGCAGGUUGAGUUGAACAAGGUGAUCUUGAGGAGGAAUGAAUACAAUCUGGAGCAGUCGUUGGAUGAUCUAUGUGGUGAUGCUGAAUGGGAUACAAUCCUCGAAGAGUUGCAGGAGAUGGGAUUCUGCAAUCAAGAAUCUAACAAGCGGCUGCUGAAGAAGAACAACGGCAGUAUUAAGCGUGUGGUCAUGGAACUCCUCUCUGGGGAGGAAGUUUAGCUGAAAGAACCUUCUAAACAGUUCAAUGGAGGGAGAUGGUAUCAUAAAUAAAUGUGCAGUCCUUUUAAACUUAUUGCAGUAAGACUUGAGUUAAGUUUGUGACAGCAGAUCUGUUAUUAUGUUUAAGUUAUUUUCUGCUGUUGUAUUUGUUCUUGUCGACUUGUUAGGGUUGGAUGUUGCAACUGAUCUACCUUUUCGUAUAAUAUCUUGGUACAUAUGUAUGAUCUGUCAAUGAA